UUCCCCUUUUUUUUUUUUUUUUUUUUUUUCUUUUGAUGAAAAUUCCCUCUUCUUCCCCACAAAAGCUGUAGCGUCGCCGCGAGGCACUGAAGAAUGAUUACGUAACUUUUGUCUCUUUUCAACAUCCUCAACUAUUACUCCCUGGAAACAUUCCUUCUUCACCUUACCUCUCCUCUGAGUCCUCUCUCUCUCCCUUCCUUUUCACCUGACCUUUGAUUUUCCCAUGCCUCGGCCCCCACUACUCCUCCUUCCUCGGUUAAUUCAAAGAGAAUCUUAUGAGAUCAGUUAGAAAAAAGAACAGUUUUAGCUCCACAGUAAAAAUGGUUUCUCGGGUUUAAUUAAUUCCACAGUUCCACUUCCCCACCUCUCCAUGGUAGUCUCUGUCUCUCUCUUUGUCUCUCUCAUCUCUCAAGGUGGAAAGGUAGGAACCAGGAUAGUCAAAAGAUGAGGCUUUACUGAAUCGGAUUUGGUAGAGAAGAUUUCGGCGAACAUUGACCUUUCAGAUUUGUGGGAUCUUUACGUGGAGAAACAAAUCGAUGUGGGUUCGAUUCGACGGUGGACUUUGAAUUUUGGGUAUCUUUCUUAACUCGACUGCUCCUUUUAUAGUCGACGAAUGUCCUCUGUGAGAGAAUGUGAGAGAUUUGAAGAAAUUAAUUCUUACUAACUACCCAUUACAGGAAAGAUCUCUUUUCUCACUGAGAAAAUGUUUCCUUUCCCAAGCUACUUUGGGUUAAGUAGUAAUCCUUCAAAUGGAGUAGUAGUAGAUGGUGGGUUUGUUCAAGUUCAAGGAGGGAUAAUAAGCUCAAUGGAGAUGAUGCCGGUGAACGAUGGGAUCUCUGUACUCAGCUCGACAGAGGCGAAAGCUGUUGCUGCAUGUAAGAGUCACAGUGAAGCUGAGAGAAGGAGAAGGGAACGGAUCAACGGCCACCUGGCCACCCUUCGUACUCUUCUUCCCAACACAACAAAGACGGACAAGGCAUCGUUACUGGCGGAGGUGGUAAAGCACGUGAAGGAUCUGAAGAAAAUAGCUGAUGACGUGGCAUCUGAUAGGGGUUGCAGGGAGUACUGGUCGUUGCCGGGAGAGGCGGACGAACUGACGUUGGAUUAUUGCGACGGAGAAGCGAAGCUGAUAAGGGCAUCGGUUUGCUGCGAAGACCGGCCGGAGUUGGUGAGGGAUCUGACGAGGGCGCUGAGGUCGGUGGAGGGAAAGGUGAGGGUGGUGAAGGCGGAGAUAGGAACUGUUGGAGGGAGAACGAAGAGCGUUAUAGUAGUGAAGAGGAGAUCAUUAGAAGGGGAAAGGGAAGUGGAAGGGGAAGAUCUGCUGGGCGAGCUACGGAGGGUGUUGAAGGAUGUUGUCGACAAGUCGGCUUUGUCGGGCUCGGCACAGAAGUUGCCGGGGAACAAGCGGUCGCGCCGCUCUCGAUAGUCUUUAUCUUCUUGAUGUAAUGCAUGGCCUAUAGGACAGAAAGGAGGGUUAUGUAAUGUAAAUUCACAUUGGUGGUCUUUUAUUGGUUCUGUCUGUGUCUUCUCUUUUCAUACAUUCUAUUUGGAGAACGUUUUUCUA